CUGCGUUGCAAAGAUCACGUGACCAUUUUCAACACGUGACACUCUGGACCAGAAAGCGUCGACAUGGCAUCGGCUGCACAACCCAUCUACUGGCUGGGUAAUGACACCCUCAGGGUGUCGGCUGCCCUUUUCGCUGAGAAUCGUCAAAGAUUGUGCCUGGGGUUGAGAGCUAAAGAGGGUUUACUGYCAAAGUCAGUCGUGUUGCUGCAAGGGGGAGAGCAAACGCAGAGGUACUGCACAGACACCGACGUCCUCUUCAGGCAGGAGUCUUUCUUCCACUGGGCUUUUGGAGUGACGGAGGCUGACUGUUUUGGAGCCAUAGACGUGGACACGGGAAAAUCCAUUCUUUUUGUUCCUAAACUGCCUGAAAGCUAUGCUACUUGGAUGGGGGAGAUCUUUCCUAGGGAGCACUUCAAGGGGAAGUAUGCUGUUGACGAGGUGCAGCACACCUGUGACGUUGCUGAAGUCCUGUCCAACAUGAAGCCAUCAGUUCUCCUGACACUGCGAGGACAGAACACGGACAGUGGGAGCACCUGCCGUGAAGCCUCCUUUGAAGGAAUCAGUAGCUUCCAAGUGAACAACACUCUCUUACACCCAGUCAUUGUGGAAUGGGYGGAAGUGAUGAAAAACGCCAGACCUGGAAAGAAAGAAUAUGAAAUGGAAAGUCUGUUCCAGCACUAUUGCUACUCCAAAGGCGGGAUGCGACACACUUCCUACACCUGCAUCUGUGGAACGGGCAAUAAUUCCUCUGUCCUCCACUACGGUCAUGCUGGGGCUCCAAAUGACAAGACAAUUCAAGAUGGAGACAUGUGUGUUAUAGACACAAUUAUGUGUUUUAAGGGGGUGGAGCGCAUUGMUGAGCCCGGACUAAAGAGUCUGCGUAUGGGCCGCCUGGUGCAGGAGAGGAUGGUCCUUACUGUGGAGCCUGGGAUAUACUUCAUCAACCACCUGCUGGACAAGGCGCUGGCUGACCCUGCUCAGAGCUGCUUYAUCAACUCCCUAGUGCUGGCCCGCUUCAGAGGCUUCGGAGGGGUCCGCAUCGAGGAUGACAUUGCAGUGACAGCCGACGGCAUGGAGCUGCUGACCUGCGUGCCUCGAACAGUGGAGGAGAUCGAAGCUUUCAUGGCCGACUCUGACAAAAACUUCGGUGCUGAGAAUGCCUAAAAAUAAAACAGCAUAUCAUGCAAGUUACUUUAAAGAAAUACAUAAAAUGAACAGUAUCAUUAGAAGAAAAUUMUCUCUGAUCCUCCUUAUAAAGGUUUUUGUUGAUUUAAAGUUUUUUAUCAAUGUAAACAGCGAUAUCCUGAUUUGAGGAUUUUUAAAAACUAAUUUUCCUAUAUCUUUAUCAUUUUCUACAACAAAAUGAAAAUAAAAAUUUAAGCUUGUGCAACAGAUUUGUUGAUGCAUUUCAUUUUUAGAAAAAAAACCCAUUUUAACCUUCAAUAUAUAUUUUCUUCAUUGUCAUGGUUGUAACCAGAAACCAGGAUGGAAAAUGGCAACUAUGAAUUUAAUGGUCGCCUCAYUAAACUCUUUGCAGGUUGGUGGUGGACAUUUCAGGAACUAUAUUUUUCCUACUGUUUAUGGUAAUUCAUUCUUGGAUGUAUAGUUGUUCUAACCUAUACAGCGGUGUCUCAAAAUACUGUAGAUCUGUCUAAAUGAAAAGUAAAGAUGCAAACUAUUGGAAAACUUUAAAUUAUCUUUCUACAUUAACAUCAAGUGUACAAUCCUUAAAAUCUCCCCCAAAAAUAUUUCUGGGAAGAUGUUUUAUUUGCAUCUGUUCCUCAGAAAUCAUAUAACUGCACUUCAGCCAGCUGAAAGUUAGUAUUAUUUUUCUACCAAGAUAAAACGCAGAUAUGUUGGUGAUGAAAAUAAAACUCCACAAUGAUAGGCUUUUAUUUAUGCAAGUAGUGUUAACCACUGCUUCACCUCACUGCCUCUGUGUCUGAUUAUUUAAUGUAAACUAGAUGCGAGUCGGAACAUUUUAUGAUUACUUACCAAAAUAUACAAUGUGUUGCAUCGUCCUCUUCAUAAUAAAUCACCACAUCUUGUCUCUGUGCGACCGUGUGCCGGAUGGUAACGACAGCGUGAUGUUUUCUGCUGCCUUGUGUGGAUAACGCUUCAAUUUUGUGCUUUUCUGACUGAUCUUUCAAUUUUACUGGAGCAUUUUUAUUCUGCUGGGCUCUCAGAUGGACAAAUUGAUCAUCAAGCCCUUCUCUGUCUGCUGCAACUAAGAGAAAGCUUUCAUGUUCUGCAAUUUGGUG